AAGGAACCUCGAUAUCAUUAGAGUCAAUAUGGCCGCAUUUCCUUUUCAGAUCAUAGGAUUGUUACUCCCAAACAUGUAAUGAGAAUAACAACAAGUGCAAGCACAUUUCAUUGAACGAUGGCUCACCAUGAACUUGUCGACACUAUUCCUGCGUUCGAAGAGGAUUAUCGACAUAGUGCACUGCACAAUAUGGAUCCUAUUGACUUUAUCAAUGACGAUGAACCACUGGAUGUAUUUUUUCACCGGGUGGAUUCAGACCAGAUUAUAUAUGAACCUCGACGCAGACGAGCCAAAUUGAUAGACAAAUACCUCAUGGGAGACAUGCUGGGAGAAGGGUCGUACGGAAAAGUAAAAGAAGUGCUAGAUACACACACACUAUGUAGGAGGGCUGUGAAAAUCUUUAAGAAGAAGAAAUUAAGGAAAAUCCCAAACGGGGAGCAGAAUGUCCAGAGAGAAAUCAUGCUUUUACGACGACUUCAUCACAAAAACAUCAUUGGCCUGGUGGAUGUUUUACAGAAUGAAGAAAAACAGAAAUUGUACCUAGUAAUGGAAUACUGUGUUGGGGAGCUGCAGGAAAUGCUGGAGAAAGCCCCGAAGAAGAAGCUCCCACUCUGGCAAGCACAUAGGUACUUCUGUCAGCUGAUGGAGGGUCUGGAGUACCUGCACAGUCAGGGCAUCAUACACAAGGACAUCAAACCAGGAAACCUGCUGCUCACCACUGAUGAAACUCUGAAGAUCACAGACCUGGGCGUGGCAGAGAAAUUAGAUGUAUUUUCCCAAGAUGAUACUUGCAAGACAAGUCAAGGUUCGCCAGCAUUCCAACCCCCAGAGAUAGCUAAUGGUGAUGAUUCCUUUGCUGGCUUCAAGGUGGAUGUGUGGUCCUCAGGGGUAACAUUGUACAACAUAACAACAGGAUUAUAUCCAUUUGAAGGUGACAAUAUCUAUAAACUGUUCGAGAAUAUUGGUAAAGGCCAGUUCACAGUUCCUGACACCGUAGACGAGAGUUUAAAGGAACUCCUCAAUGGAAUGUUGGCGUACAAAGCGAGUGAUCGCUUCAGUAUAGCACAGAUCAGGCAACACCAGUGGUUCAAGCGGAAACACGCCAAGGUGGAGGAUCGCGUGUUUUUAUCUGCGUCUUCGGAUGGCGACUUAAUGAGGAGUAUGACUGUGGUGCCAUAUUUAGAGGAUCUCCACUUCGGUACACCAAGUGAGGAAGAAGAGGAGGAAGAACUGGAGAGCGCUGUCACUGUGGCAGGCAAUCAUCAAGGUCAAGGGGCACUGAAUGACAAGCAGGAUAUGGCAACAAGACAGACAGAGAACUCCAAGUCCAACUCUAAGCCAAAGAAAAGAAAAGGGAAGAGCUCUAGUAAAUUUGCAUUCGGAUCCUGCAAGCAGUCGUGACAUCAGCUGUCUUUCUGGGCUGCUUCUGUUAACUGCUUCUGUGACUUUGUGUAGCAUUGCUCAGCUCCAACUGCUGAUCAGUGCAUCAAUGCUAGCAGUGUAGACUGAGUCAAUGUUCAGUCCUAACAUCUGCCUUUACAUCAAUGCUAGCAGGAUAGAUCGAGCACAGUUCCAAAUUCUCCCUUAAACAUCAGUGCUAGCAGGACAGACUGAAUCCGUGUUCAGUCCCAGAAUGUAGCACUGUAGACUGAACUGGAAUAGGUCCCAAGACCUAGCUUUGACACCCAUGCCAGCAGAAUAGACUGAACACAGUCCUAACAUUUCCUUGUCAGUACAAGAAGGAUCAACAGAAUGAUUGUCUGACUUCUGCAUCAAUGUCAGGAUGAUAACUGAGACGAUGACGCCAGCAGGAUAGACUAAAUUUGGUGUAAAUCAGGAGGGCUGAACAUUGUCAUUGCUAGCAUUAUUGUAGGAAGAAAAUACUUAGGGCAAUGUGAAUUAAAAUCUUAAAUAUAUACUUAUAUCAAAUCAAAAGAUUUGACCACUAGUACAUUUUAGUCUGCAUAUGUCAAAGUUGACAUUCAUGUAAUGUUGCCCCGUGGACCCAGUACGUGUGUGUGUGAGCGAGAGAGAAAGAGAGACAGAUGGAGAAAUAGAUGGAGAGAAAGAGAGUGAACAUAUCAGGAUGAUUAUAUGGUAUGUGAUAGACAGGACUGAGGCUGAAUCUGUCUCUGGACCCACCAUGUUAUUGUGGAGAGGACUUUUGUGAUGAUCAAUGCUUGUAAGUCAAUAAGUGACUGGACUGAAUGUGAUAAGAUACCUCCAAGAAUACAGGAGGAUGUUGAGGGUAAUGUUGGCAAGAACCUCCUCAUGGUAAUGUCACCAAUUUAGGACUACUUGAUGACACCCUGGGCUGAAUGUGGACUGACCUCUUCCAAGGUCAGGUCGGCAAUGUCCCUCAUGGUAGAGUUCUGCUGAGCUCACCAAAUGCUUCUGUGAUGGCAUUCUGAGUAUUCUGAAAGUUAUUCAACCAGACCAGACCAAAAAUUCUUGGUAAUGUAGCACUUAUGUGCAGAGCAUCUCUGAUAGGUCUUUUAGAUCGUCAGAGGCAGUCAGCUGGACUUUGCAGAAUUUUUCUUCUCUGAUUGAAGAGCCAUUAGAGCAGCAUGUUCAGGUCACUGAGGCAUCAGAGAGACUGAGAAGAUUAGGGUGCCAUCAGGGCAAUAUGACAGGGGACAUGUUCAGGUCAGGGACAUGAUCAGGUCAGGGCCAUCGUUGGGGGGACAGCCACAGGACCUGUGAUGAAGAGAUAAUGGCAUACCUGACUGAAGCUCAGAAUCAGAAGCAACAAGCUGGAAUAAUUUGAUGAAGGGAACACAGAAGUUUGUUGUCAUUAUGUUCUCCUAUGUUAACGUUAAGGACAAAAGACUGGGAAAUUUUAUUUAUGGACCAGUCUGUUUUAUGAAUGAAAUUAUAUCAUAAAUAUAUUUAAAACAA